AGCGCAGACACUUAAAACUUACAGUGCACCGGCACAUAGGUGAGGCAAGAACUCUGACAUCCUAGGAAGAGGGCAGAAGCAAUUGGACGAGCAGUUUCAAGCCAACCGGUGCGCCCACAUACCCAAACGAGAUUAACGCGAGAGAAUUGGAGCGUUUUUGACGCAAAACGCGCAAGGACAACCGCGCACCGACCACACUUGGACCUGACAGUUCACCUAAUAUCCGACAACUAUAGCUGCAGCCAAACAUGGAGCGCAAAAUCCCUGAUUUCGCCGGCACAUGGUCAAUGAAGAGUUCUGAAAACUUUGAAGAACUCUUGAAAAAGCUGGGUGUGAAUGUGAUGCUGCGCAUGAUAGCUGUGAAGGCAGCCUCCAACCCACUGGUGGAGAUCACGCAGGACGGAGAGACACUGUCCAUUAAAACCUCAACCACAGUCCGCACCACUCACAUCACCUUCACUGUGGGGCAGGAGUUCAACGAGGCCACGGUGGACGGACGUCCCUGCACGAGUUUUCCACGUUGGGAAACCGACAGUAAGAUCACAUGUGAGCAGACUCUGCAGAAAGGAGAAGGGCCUAAGACGUCCUGGACCCGAGAGAUCACCAAAGACGGCAAACUGAUCCUGACUAUGGGAGCAGAUGAUGUGAUAUGCACCAGAGUCUACGAGCGACAAUGAACAAGAGCACUUCUCACUUUACGUCCUUCCAGCCUUCCCCCCUUCUCUCCUGCAUCACCACUUACAUCACUUAUUCCCCCAUUUGUUAAGGCAGCGCUGGGAGAUAGCAGUCAGUAGUUUAUUUCCAUUAUCUCUGUUAGCUUCACUAUGUAAUAAAUGUGGUAACUGUAUCUAGUAUGUCACAUAUCUACAUGAUGGUCUUAGCUCCUGAGUGAUCUGCCUGUCUCUUUAUCAAACGUGACCAGCUGGGGUUGAAACAUGGAAAUGUAUGUUGGAUUUGUUAAGUGACAGCUCAUUUAUUUGGCAUUGUGUGUGUGUGUGUGUGUGUGUGUGUGUGUGUGAGUCUGUGUGUGCAUGUGUGUUUGGCAGCAGAGGAGGUGUGAGACUAUAUUUGUAGAUGUGUAAACCAAUCUUUGAGCUCUUCCAGUUUCAGGUCAGUUUUGAUGUGUUCCUUCAGCCCCCGCCGAACAACUUUAACCUUUUCUAUCUCACGACAUUUUAUAUUUAUUACUACACUAGGAGUCUGAUACAGUACUGCUAAAGUUUUUACUUUUUGUCUCUUUUAUAUUAAAAUUUGAUCAUAGGAAACAACACUUUCUAUGGAAAACAAUAAAGCACGAUAUUAACUCAGCCUGA